CUAAAAACAGCUGGUUCUGUUGAAGAGGUGUUUGGACCACAGUGAGUCUCACAGCUGACUGAAUGAAGAUGAACCUGCAGCUCGAUCAACAUCACUGACAGAUGAAUCGCUUUAAUUAGUUUCAUCUCUGAAAAUGAUCCUCUGUGUGUGUGUGUGUGUGUGUUUAAUGAGCUGUAACUGUACCUGCAGGGAAAUCUGUUAUUUGAAAUGAUCCAUCAGAACCAAUCUUCUCUGAUGUGUCGUGUUCAGUCCGUCUGUGUCGUCAGUGUGUUUUCAAUAAAUUGUAAUUAUUAUUAUUUAAGGUGAAAUCUGCAUUUUUGGGAUGAAAUGUCCCUUUAAUGUGACAUGUACACACACACACACUCACACACACACACACACUCCAUCAGCAGUCAGUGGGUGCAGAUGGAGGCAGGAGGUCUCACUCUGCUCCUAAAUCACUGAACAAAAAGAACCCAGAGGAGCUCAGAUCAAUGCUGUGUGUGUGUGUGUGUGUGUGUGUGUGUGUGUGUGUGUGUGUGUGUAUUUACAUUAUUCCCUGUGUGUACUCUGCACCAUCAAUCAAUAGGUUUGAUUGAUGGCUCUGUGCAGAGUCUGAGCUGUGUGUGUGUGUGUGUGUGUGUGUGUGUGUGUGUGUGUGUGUGUGUGUGUGUGUGUGUGUGUGUGUGUGUGUGUGCGGGGCCUCAGCAGUGGUUGGCUGUAGCUCGGGGUGGUUACCAAGUGUUUCAGUAUUUGUAGUUGAUGGACUGGUUCUGGUUCUGGUUCUGUUUUAUUGUGAGAAGUCAGUUUUGUGCUGGUCGACUCCAGAGUCUGAUAUUUAUCUUUUAAACUGAAGGUUCUGAACGGACUCAGGUUCGGCUAUGGUUCUGAACAAUAUGACCACAUGUGACUUCCUGUUCUCCUCUUCAGUUGGCGGGCCUGCGGGUCAGCACACAGCCCGGCUCGAUGAUGAAGAUGAAGAUUAUGAAGAUGAAUCCCGCUGACUGAAGGUAAACACUCUCCUGGGCUCGUGCGCGCGCGAGCCUGACUGUUAUAAACACACACACACACACACACACACACACACACACACACACACACACACACACACACACACACAGCAGCGAGCGUUCUGAGCCACUGUGCGUUAAGUGUCCGUGUGAUCCUCGGGGUUUCUCCUCCGACACGCCCCCAACCAGAGAGAGAGAGAGAGGCAGAGAGAGAGGAGAGAGAGGCAGAGAGAGAGAGAGAGAGAGAGAGAGAGAGAGAGAGAGAGAGAGAGAGACAGAGAGACAGAGAGAGAGAGAGAGAGAGAGAGAGAGAGAGAGACAGAGAGAGAGACAGAGAGAGAAAGAGAGAGAGAGGAGAGAGACAGAGAGGAGAGAGAGAGGAGUAACGCGUGUUUCCGUCUCUCAGCAGCACCUGUGACUGAACAUCGAGCCGCUUCCAGCCGAACAUCUUCAGCUCUCUGCGGUUCUCCUGCUGUGUGUGUCUGUGUGUGUGUUCUCUCUCUGCGGGGAAACACACUCGUCGCUGCGGGAGGCUCACUGCGGGAUCAGCACGGAGGACCGGGAGAGUCUGGCGGGGAGACCCGCAGCGGAGCACGCCUGAGGCGGCUCACAGUGAGCUCGGUGUUCGGGUCCGGGACGCAGGAUCACCGUGAUGCAUGCUGGACUUGUUGCUGCGGGAGGAGAGGCACGAGGCACGGGGAGAAAACAGUCCACACACCGAGCAGCGGCCGGGACCGGGACCGGGUGCGGGUUUUAACAGACCCGAUCUGAAGUUGUGGUGUGCCUGGAGGAGUGUGUGCUCGCGCUGGUCACACGUGGAUCUGUUUGGUUCAGUUUUACGCACAUUUCGCGCGUAAACCUUCUUCUUCUCCCGCUGACGCGCCACUCGUGUCCAUCUGUUGCCUCGCUCCGGAUGCUCUGCCGCUGGUCCGGCUUGUGAACCCUCCUAACGAGCCUCCGAACAGCUCCAGGAUCGAGCUCCGGGUCCAGAAUGGCAGCAGGAGUGGCGGCGUGGCUGCCGUUCGCCCGCGCGGCGGCCAUCGGCUGGAUGCCGGUGGCCGGCGCGCCCAUGCCGGUGCCCCCUCAGGAGAGGCAGCGCGGGCAGCAGGGGCUCAUCAUGCUCAACGUCAGCGGAGCAAAGUUCCAGACGUGGCGGGACACGCUGGAGCGGUACCCGGACACCCUGCUGGGCAGCACGGAGCGGGACUUCUUCUUCCACGAGGAGACCAACGAGUACUUCUUCGACCGCGACCCGGAUAUCUUCCGCCACAUCCUCAACUUCUACCGCACCGGGAAGCUGCACUACCCGCGGCAGGAGUGCAUCUCCGCGUACGACGAGGAGCUCGCAUUCUUCGGCAUCAUCCCGGAGAUCAUCGGGGACUGCUGCUAUGAGGACUACAAGGACCGGCGGCGGGAGAACCAGGAGCGGAUCCAGGACGACGAGGAGAUGGACCCGGCCAACGACCUGGUCUCUCCAGACCUGAGCUUCCGGGAGACGAUGUGGCGGGCCUUCGAGAACCCGCACACCUCCACCAUGGCACUGGUCUUCUACUACGUCACCGGCUUCUUCAUCGCGGUGUCGGUCAUGGCCAACGUGGUGGAGACGGUCCCGUGCGGCCUCGCGCCGAACCGCAUUAAGGAGAUGUCGUGCGGGGAUCGCUACGCGCUCGCGUUCUUCUGCCUGGACACCGCGUGCGUCAUGAUCUUCACGGUGGAGUACCUGCUGCGCCUGAUGGCCGCGCCGAGCCGCUACAAGUUCGUCAAGAGCGUCAUGAGCAUCAUCGACGUGGUGGCCAUCAUGCCCUACUACAUCGGCCUCGUCAUGACCGACAACGAGGACGUGAGCGGCGCCUUCGUCACGCUGCGGGUCUUCAGGGUCUUUCGGAUUUUCAAGUUCUCGCGGCACUCCGCGGGACUUCGCAUCCUGGGCUACACGCUGAAGAGCUGCGCGUCCGAGCUCGGCUUCCUGCUCUUCUCGCUCACCAUGGCCAUCAUCAUCUUCGCCACUGUCAUGUUCUACGCAGAGAAGGGAUCCAGCGCGAGCAAGUUCACCAGCAUCCCAGCAGCCUUCUGGUACACCAUCGUCACCAUGACAACGCUUGGGUAUGGAGACAUGGUCCCAAAGACCAUCAUGGGGAAGAUCUUCGGCUCCAUCUGCUCUCUGAGCGGCGUGCUGGUCAUCGCCCUGCCCGUCCCCGUCAUCGUGUCCAACUUCAGCCGGAUCUACCACCAGAGCCAGAGAGCCGAGAAGAGGCGAGCGCAGAAGGCGUCCAAGGAAGCUGGACAGGCGCUGGUGUGUAAGGCUAACCCCAACUUCGACGUGCACCAUCAUCACCUCCUGCACUGCCUGGAGAAGACCACGAACCACGAGUUUGUGGACGAGAAGACGUAUGAGGACAGCUUCAGGGACGUCCCUCUGGUGAAGCAGGUGUCUCACUCCUCCUCCAUCUCCUCGUCUUCCUCACCUCACGGCCUCACUUCCUGCUGCGGCCGCAGGAAGAGGAAGACCUUCACCGUCCCCAACUCCAACAUGUCUGUGGGUCUGAGGGGAAGCAUCCAGGAACUGAGCACCAUCCAGAUCAGAGAGCGACCGCUCACCAACAGUCGUUCCAGUCGAUCGAGUCUGAACGCCAAGUUUGAGGAGACGGUUCCUCUGAACUGUGAGGAGCGCUACACCACCGCCGCCGUCAUCAGCAUGCCCACGCCGCCAGGCACCACGACCGAUGGCAAUGAUUCAACCAGCUCCACCAACUACUCCCAGGCCAACAUCGUCCGGGUGUCUGCACUCUAGAUGCCCACAUCCCCCCCGGGGGGCAGUGGGGGGUCGGGGGUUGAUGGCCCCACACCACAACAGACUCAGACGGUGGGGGUUAGAUCACGAGUCCACGGGUGGAUGUGACCAGUUAGCUUGAAUAGCUUAAACCUCUGCUGGAGGGAAAGUCAUCAUGUUCACACUCAAACUCAGCUGAACCGCUUUGGAUCGCAACUCCGUCCUUCGUCUCAGAGGAAAGAUUUCUAUUCCAGCAGUCAAACAUCUGAGAAGAGAACACAGUCGCACUCUGAUGAAUGACUGAUCUCCAUCCGAGAUACAUUUUAAUCAUCACCAUUGCUAUUUUUAAAAUCUGUGUAUGUCUUUAAAUUUUAUGUCUUAAAAAGCUAAGAUUGAUUUCUUGAAUUUGGAAGCAGUUGAAAGGAAGCUGGACAUCAUGAGAAGCACACCGUUAACCAUCGGAUCAGAGAAUCUGUCUUCAGUGUAGCUUAGAACAAACAAUGGAACUGAGGUGAAACUGCUAGCCUAGCUUAAUCAACCUUCCAACAACUCUUGUGUCUUGUUAGCUAACGAGCUAGUUACCAAUCCAUUCAGGUGUCAGAUGUUGACACCUGAAAGCUAACGCGCUUCAUGGCUUUGUCUUAAACUGAACAACCUGACAUAAUCAGUCACUACUGUAAAGACUGAGCUCUGCUGCGCUGAUGUCAACAUAACGGGGCGCUGACAUGUUGAAGGAGUCAAGCUAACGUCUUCCAGAGCUAACUGCUCCUCAAAACAUCUCAUUUCUGUUUUGUGUCAAAUAAGAGAAAACUUGUGAAGUCAAUAGUUUAAAAGUUAUUUUCUUCUCCUAACGUUAGGUUUCUCUCAGCUAAGCUAGCAGGUUACCAAGCUGUCUUUUCUCUGCAUGUUAGCUCUGAUUCAGAACUUUAUAACACAGUCCUGGACCGCUUACUCCAGUCAAACUGAACUGGAUCAGACCACCAUACGAUUCAUUAACGACUUAGACUAGUGUUGAAAACAGGAGCUCACCGAGAGAAAUAAAAAACAAAAGCCACAAGUCAAAUAGCCUGGGAGCAACAUUUCAGUCCCUGAUUCAACACGUUCACACCUGAACAAACAACAUGGCUGCUCAAGUGCUCAGUGUACUUUGGUUCUGUUGAGGAGAACAUCACAGUUUGGGUUUAAAUCACUGCGUUGCUUCUUCAGUUCGUAUGUGACGUAACUUCACUAUGUCUGUUGUUGUGUCACGUGACUGGCGGCCUCUAGUUUAACUGAUCCCUCCACCUGGUCCUCCACCUGGUCCUCCACCCGGUCCUCCUCCCAAAGUGGACCUGAUGCUUUUUACUAUUUGACUUCCUCUUUUGCUGCUGCAUUAAUCACUGCAGCCACCAGAGGUCGCAACAAGAAAUAUAAAUGUGGGUCGCACAGUUGUAAUAUUUAGUAUGAGUAGUAUUUUCUCCACCCUUAAAGUCACUAAACAAAACGACGACCAUCUGGUGAGUUCAUCUUUUCAACACUCAUCCCAUAAUAAGUCUGAGCCAUCACAGACCCACAGAUCUGAGAGCAGCCCGGCUCACAUCCCGUCACAGUGUAAUUAUGCAAACAUCAAGAAAACAUCCUGACAGCUGUCAGUGGAAACACUGACAACCCUUCAGAAUGAUCCAUUUUCAGUUCCACAGAGUAAAAUAUUUGAUUUUUAGAAAUGGUGCCGGACUGCCGGCCUGGCUUCAUCCAGCUGAGACGUCAUGUCAGAACAGACAGAACAUCAACGUGAAGGUCGUCGAGAAUCAGUCUGAAGGCAGGAGGCGUCUUUAUUCUUACCUUUAUUAUUCUAUACCUUUAUUAUUAUUUACCGUUAUUAUUAUUUACCUUUAUUAUCCUGACGUUCACGUCACAGCAACAAAUCAAGGCAAAAAACUGAAUAAAAGCCAAAAUGUGAUUAAGAUUUUUAAUGAGAAUACAACUGAGCAGAAAACUUAAACCAAAUUAAAGGUCCCAUAUUAUACUGUUUUUCAUCAAUUUCACACAGCUGUCAGAGGUCCAACAAGUCUGUAUUUGAAAUGCAUUGCCCCAAACCCAUCUGUGGUCCUGAACUUCAGCUGUCUAAAAGUCGCUCUCCCUCUCAGGGAGAUGAUGCCUUUUACACUAGUGGUAGCAUGUGCUAAUGUCGAUGUAUCGCUAUGGCUCGUGGAGAUUUUUUCAUUCAACCGAACCAGUUUGACCCAGAAUGGGACCCAGAAGGAGAGGCUCCUGAAGAAGUACAGACUCUGUGGCUGCAGCAGGACGUUUCAACGUUUCAGAAAGGUUAGUGUGUCUGAAUAAUGUUAGUUUGUAUAUGUUGUUACAGUUACUACACUUACUUACACCUACACUUACACGUUACUGAAGCAGUCCGAUGUGAAGAGGUUAGCACACACACAAGCUAACACGAACCGCAGCCGGCACGUUGUUGUUAAAAAUGAAACACAACCACUGUCUCUUCUGUUAUUCUGUAGCUGGGACAGAAUAUAGGCACUGAUGUUGAUUUAUACUACAAAUAACAGAGUAAUUUGCAUGUCCAGCUUUGAGCGACGACAUUGUGAAACACUGUUGUCUCACCGCUGGACACACCAAACUUCACCUCGGAUAAUGACUCCUCAGAUAAUGACUCCUUUGGUUACGUAACGACAGGAGCAGAUUCUGAACAGCCUGUAGGAGCGCCCUGUUACCAGUGGGUGGGCUGCAGAGACCAUGCAGGAAUCACUUGUUUUCCUCAUUCUGGGAGUUGGCAGGCUCAGGGAGGACCAGCUUAUAUAUGUAGAGACCAGAGAAAAUGUGGUUUUCAUAAUAUGGGACCUUUAAUAAAUAAAUAAUUUAAGUUUUUUUAGUCUUUCGAUGUA